UUCGGCCCCGGACAGACUGAACGAAGCAGCAGUCGCGAGCCGCGCGCCCGUUUUCACGCGACGACGUUGCUGCUGCCACAGCAGUUCUUUCUACUUUGCUUCUUUUUUGUCGCGGUUCCAACAAGCGACCGUUGGGCUGUGGUGUCGCGAGAGGUGCUUUGUUUCGACUCUCUCGAGUAUUCGGUGUAGCACUUUGUGUAUAACAGACUUACUCCGAAUUAGACCUGCUCUCGAUCUUCCGUGCACCUGCAAUUCGUUCUAACCAAACCUCUAACGCCGCCGGCCCUAGGCAGCGAGCGUUUCUAGGAACUUGCUGGCUUCGAGUUUCUCAUCAACUUCCUGUGGAUUCAACCAAUACAAAUAACGUGCAUUGUUUAGUUGAAUGAUCGGCUGCACGAAGGAUCUCGUUUAAAAGAGUGAGAUAGAGAGAGAGAGAAACAGUGAAAUGUCGUACACAAACCGCUUUCCGCCGACGAAGAAUACACGCUACCGUAGCAGCUGGGGUCCGACCUCGGUGUCGGUGUUCCAGCGAGCGGCCGACGUGCCCAGACCCUCGUCCGAAGAGGAGGAGUACGCCGAUUACUACAACGAGCGCCUGCACUCGGCCCAAAGUCGACAACUCAUACCGCUGCAGGAGGAUCUGUCCGACUGGAUCAACAGGACUAUCAAUGUCGACCACAUAUCAGGGGACAACUUCUUCGACGUGCUAGACAAUGGGGCGCUACUUUGCCGCUUGGCGAGAGUCAUCCAGGAGAAGGCUCGAUCGGCCAUCGAGGCAGGCACAGCAAAAGGGCCAGCACCAACCAUUAGAGGACGCUGCUGGGAAAAUGCCGCGCGUCGUAGCUUUUUCUCACGCGACAACAUGGAAAACUUUAUUCAGUUCUGCCGACGUCUUGGUGUCCACGAGAAUCUACUCUUCGAAAGCGACGACUUGGUGCUACACAAUCAACCGCGCAACGUGGUGCUAUGUCUUCUGGAGGUGUCGCGGAUAGCGACGCGCUACUCGGUGGAGCCGCCUGGUCUGGUGCAGCUGGAGCGCGAAAUCGCCGCCGAGCAGGAGCGCGAGCUCCACUGCCUGUCGGACAGCGGUAUCUCGCACAGUAGCCUGGUUUCCUGGCAAUUCCGCUCACCCUCGCCGACAGCCUCGCCUGGGCCACCCAUCGACAAAAUCAAGCACAGCAGCUCAGCAGUGGAGAUGUCGACCAAUGGCGUGCGUUGGCUCGAGCCGGAGGUGAGCCGUGAACCGGAGAUACGACGCUCGGUGAGCGACAAUGGACCUCAGGGUAGCGAUGGAGUGCCGAGCGACACGACCGAGGACGACUGGUCGCGUGGCAGCGCCGACGAUCCGGACGAGGUGCUGUCACCUACGACCUCACCUUCGCCCUCGUCGGUGGAACCCCCGGAGCACGCUGGACCGAUUACAGAGCUCGAUCGAAAGGUGAAAAGGGCCACCGAGGCGGUGCAGCGACUGUGCCAGUGCCCGUCGAGCAAGUGCAGCAAGCUGCGAGUGCGCAAGGUCGGCGAGGGCCGCUACAACAUUGCCGGGCGCAAUGUUUUCAUAAGGUUGCUGAAGGGCCGACAUAUGAUGGUGCGCGUGGGCGGCGGCUGGGACACGCUCGAGCACUUCCUGACGAGGCACGACCCUUGCCAGGUGAGGGUCCUCAGCCGUGAGAGCACCUCGCCCCUGCACGGCCAAAACAAGCACCAGCACGCCAACAACAACUUCCUUCACAUCCGCGCCAAAUACCGCAGUCCGCCGACACGCGAGACACUCCCCGCUCGCUAACUCGAGCCCCUCGUCGCUAUAUCCACCCCGUCCAUGCAAGCUCGCUACACUUCGCGCGUUACCCACAUACCUAGUGCCUCUGCUCUCGCCAUUCGCAAUUACCUCGUAGCUAAGUGUUCAUGAUUGCGCUUCUUGUCGUUUGUCGGCGAUCAUUCGCGCUAUCAACACUACCUUCUCAGAGCAAAUGUAUUUACUAUGCUGAAAAAUACAUACACCUCUGAAUUACACUCGAAGUCGAAUUGGUACCAGCAGUAUCAAGCAUCUAUUUUUCUAGAAAACAUCUAUACAGACAUUAAAUAAUCCAGCAAUCGGUCACUCGUAGUAAAUGUAGAUAUAUAUUUUAUUUAUCUCAAUUGUUUAUUUGCACGCACCAAUUGCAAGUCAAUUAUUGUUUGUUUGUAUUCUAUUGAUCAAUUUUUUUUUAUCUCGUGUAGAUGAUAAUAUAUAUGUAGAUGUAUAUUUUUAUAUUAUAAGUUAACAAUUCACGUUGUACCAGUUGAAGAUUAUUUUUCUGUUCGUUCUACAUACCGAUGAAUGCGAUACAUAUAUAUUAUAUAUAUGCUUUAUUUUUGUAAGAGCUAGAAUAAUCAUCAAAUUGGUGCUUUUUCCUUUCUUUUCAAGGUCAAAUUUAAAAAGGAAGUGAAAGAACUUUUGGAACGAGCGCUUCCUUGCAUAUAAAUUAACGCACAGGUCGUUACGUCUGUGCGCCAAGAUCAAAGGAUUUAAUUUUGCAUAGCGUGCACAAGUACAUUUAUGUACGCGAGAUCACUCACUAAGCUACACGCUAAGGCGCACUUAUAUUGUACUAUUGGUAAACGGUAUAUCUAUUUGGUAAUAAUGCUUCUGUAUCUAGCAACUUGGUCAUUUUUUUACCAUUUGUUAGUCUGUAAUAACUAUGCGUUGGAACAAAUCAAAACUCUGAUGUGCCAAUUGUUAGAAAGAACAAAAAGAUUAGUAGUGAACAUAGUUUUUAAGACCGCUACGGUCCAACCCAUGAUAAAAUUUUAUAAAAAUUUUUAUUUGUUAUUAAGAAGCACUAGAAAUUGAUUUUCACUUGUGUUAGAACUAUUGACAAAGUGCAAUUAUAUAUACAUGUAUAACCUCAACAAAAUUACUAGCACAGAGUGUUACUAAGUACACUAAUUGAUAAAUCAAAAAAUCAACAAAAAAAACACAUUGUGCACAUAAUCAAUAUCAGAUCACUGAUCAAGCACAAUAAUGUAUCAUACACAAAAAAUUUAUAUCAUUAUUUCUAUAUCAUAAUAUUGAAGCAAAAUGAUAAUGAUAAUAAUGAUUACCGAUGAUGUGAAUGAUAUUUUACAACCAACAUUACGAGUAUACUGCUAAGUAGACUACGAUAUUAAUUUAUUGCUAUUAUUCUAUAAUUACCAUUCCAAGUAAACUUAUUAACAAGAAUAUAAGUAUAAAGGAUUCAAAAGAAUUAUUUGAUUUUUUUAAGAGGUCAGAGCAGAUUAUAAAUUUCUACUAUAAAAAUUUUUUUAUGUUAUUUCACGUUUUUGAUUAACAUUCUUGCGGUCAUCUCUCUUUCAUUAAAAACUAAUGAAACUCAGCUGAUUUAAAUUAGUAUUAAAGACAAGAAUUUGAUAAAAAAUAAUUUAAUUCGUGAAAAUGUUGGUAUCUACAAAGACCAAUGAAUAUAAUUUAUACUCAUUGUAAAGACUCUGAUAUUCUCUUAAACAUUGAAAUGUAAUGAAAAAUACUAAUACAAUUCAUCAUUUAAAUAUUUUUCUAUAUGAUACUCAGUAUAAAAAAUAUAUAACUUUCAUAAGAAAUUGUAAAAUACUGCCUUAAUUGAUUUUGAUAAUCAGUUUGAAAGGAGUAUAGAACUCAAUCAUAACUUGACUAUGUAUUUCUAGAAUUGCGACCGCUUUAUUGCGCAAUUGGAAGACUAUCUAGAUUUUAAUUAAAAUUAUAGUUUCAUAAGUUUGUAAUAAUCAUGAAAACAUUUAAAAUAUAGAGAUAUAUUCAUAUAAAUACACUCCUAACUUUUCUACUUUUAUAAUACAAUAAAUUCUAUGAUAAGUGCAUUUACUACGCACCAUAAUAAAACGCCAUUGUAACAAUGUUAAAAUCAAAUAAGGAAAAUCUUAAACAUCACUAACAAG